AUGGAACAAGACUACUACGACAUAAUAGCGAGUCAGGCGACACUUCGCAAGUCUCAGGGCAACCACCCAAAAAGCCGUUACAACCGCAUCAUAGACCAGGUGCCGAGGAGGCAGCAGGAAUCCGAUUCGGACCUCGGAGUUUUCCCGCACCGUCGAUCCCACCUGACCCGGAUUACUUACUCGCAAGCUGGCGACGAUGGCAACUACAACACACGGACGAUCGAUCAACCGGAGAGGAGGAUCGCGGUGGCCGAUAAGCUGAUCCAGACGUCCAUCACACUCAUGCAGACGAUCAUCCACGAGAAGAUGACGAGGAAUAUAAUGGGCGUUGGUAGUAACGAGCGACUGGUGGCGAAGCAUCCAAACGACAGGCGACUGAAGACAAUCCGAUCGUAUGAUUCCGUGGUUACGAAAGAAUUUGUGCAUGGGAGAAGGAAAGGUAGGCAGGUGGAGGGAAAGACGUCGCAGCGUUCCAGGAACCACCAGACUGAUAACAGGUUCAGUCAGUUGAGGAGCGACAAGGACAGCAGUCCCUUCGCUUCCAAGUAUCCUCAAAAAAAUAACCACUCUCGUCAACCAUUUGAAAAAAGUUUAGAUUCUCUGAACGAUGAAAAAAAGAUAAAUAAUCGAGCGAAACAAAAUUUUGUUUCAAAGCAUCACCGUUAUCACAAGCAAGAUAACAAUUUGAAUAAUUCAAAAAAGUUAGCAAAUAAGAAAGUUGAAAGUUCGAACGAAACAAACACGAACAUGUCCCAAUCGGCAGCUGAAAGCCUGGAAGACAACGAUUUAUUUCACCUUAUACCUUCGGAAGAGAAACAAUUGGAACUUUUCAGGUACGGAAAGUUCAGCAACCUUCUGAGGCAAGCGAAAGUUGUCAUGCGAAGUAGGGCGAGGAGGAAGUUGGAUAAGUUGAGGAGGAAAUGCAGAGGAAAGAAGGACUGCAAGAUCGACUACGAACCUGACCAGAAGGAACUGGACAUCGAUUACGUCACCAAAAUGAAAGCCAUGAAAGAUUUGACGAAAAAUUCCAAAAAGAAGAAAAAGAGAAAACGGAAGAAGAGACAAAAAAGAAAAAAAAGAAAAUUAUUUGCCGAAGGCGAUGACAGUGAGGAUGCAGUUACAUUGGAUGUCGACACGGAAACCAUCAACGAACUCUACCAGAGACAUCUCGAGAAGAAUAAACGAACGAACACAGAAUCCGGAGAAGCAAUCAAACAAAUCAGUCAACUAAUGAACUCCAGUGAAGACAGUGCAGAAGAAGAGAAGAAGAGACCGAAACGAAGGAAGAGGGUUAAAAAAAGAAAGAAGAGGAAACUAAAAAUUGAAGAGUCAGCCACAACCUACGAUGAAAAUGGAUAA